AUGUGCCGGCGACCAGCUUCAAAGACCUACGAGCACUUCCUUGGGUUCAAGCAACGCACCCUCCAUCAAUUAUCGCAGGAUCUACACGACCCUUCUAAACGCACAGACAAUCGGACGUUGGCGACGAUCAUGAUCCUUGCGCUUAUGGAUGCCAUUGAGUCCGGGGAUGGCGCCUGGAAAUAUCACCUCGAGGGUGCCAAACAAUUGCUAUUAAGUCGAAGUCAAGAGGAUAACCCCCUUUCCAAACAAAGCAUGACCGAUUCGCUCGACACCUUCGCCAUCGACGGUUGUCUCCUGAUCCAGCUUAUGGGCUCUACCCUCGCCCGACCAGGCUCCCUCACAAAGCCCUUCUACUCCUCGGACAUGGGCGCCGGCGUUCUCAAACGUCUCGAAGAAACCUCAUGGGUCGGCUGCCCCGCCUACCUCCUCGAAGUCAUCUUCAUCGUCCACGCCGGCUGGUGCUCGGACCCUGAGAGCGACUCCACGGCCCAUCACCCAACCCUGAACUUCCCGUCGGCCUUCCUCCCGAAAGACUCCAACCCGUUCCAAUCCCCCGGUGCCCUCCUCCGACACAUCCAAGCCUUCGACCCCGUCGCCUGGGCCCAAGCCAUGCAAACCUGCCUCUACCUCCCCGACCAGACCAUGCGCAUCGCCCUGGCCAGCGUCUACCGCGCCGCCGUCUACCUCUACGCCAGCCGCGUGCUCUCCCGCCCUCGCGCCGGCGCCGCCAUGUCCAACAGCUUCGGCCUGCCCCCAGACCACAGCGCCGUCGCUAAUCGCCUCAUCCGUGAGAUCGCCCUGAUCCCUGUCUCCGACCCGCACUUCAAAUGCCUCAUCUGGCCGUCCUUCAUCGCCGGUGCCGAAUGUCGCGAUCCAGCCCAACGUCCCAUCCUCCUUCAAACCCUCAGCACGCUUUACUACGACAUCACGAGCGUCAACGUCCGCAACGCCGCCUGGGUCCUCAGUUUGAUGUGGCGGAAACGGGACGCGAAAAGACAGGAGGCAUCUUCGUCAUCUGGCCAGUCCCCCUCCUCUUGUCCCUCUCCUGCUGCUUCUUCUUCUUCUUCCUCCCCUGUUUCUCCUAUCUCGAUGACGACCACGACAACGACAACGGCGACAUUCACCCCGCCCGACACCUCUUCCGGAUCCUCCACAAUCACUGAUACUACCUACGACGAUGACGAUUUCGACUGGAUCCAGGAACUGGAUAAUUCGAGAAUCGAUUGGUUAUUUAUAUAA